AUGGCUAUGGAAAACCCACAGAUAAUGAGACGGCUCACCCAAAUCACACUUACAGGGGAAGUGUUGGAAGUAAAGUGCCACUGUGGGAAGCUUUGCGAAAAUGCAAGGGGACUUAAAAUACAUCAAUCCAAGACCCAAUGUGGAGAAGGGAAGAAGCAAAUGCAGCGCAUAGUGGAGACACUAAGUGAGAUGCAGGAGGACUCCAGUCAGGAAGCGCCCCACAGCACAGGAGACCUCUCAGCACCUGCUCCAUCCCAAAGCCACAGGAGGGACUCUCCUAACACUACCUCAGACACCCAACUUAUGAAAGAGAAAAUCAGCAGAACUGCUGAAACUCCUGAGGAAGAGCUUGAUACCAGUGAACCAACAUGGAGAGAAGUCCAGGACAUUGUGCAGAAAGCCCGUUCAGCAUCUGCCCCAGGACCAAACGGUAUACCUUAUAAAGUAUACAAGAGAUGCCCGAUGAUCCUCCGCAGGUUAUGGAAACUGUUGCGAAGGAUAUGGACAAAAGGUAUUAUUCCAGCAUCCUGGAAAAGAGCAGAGGGGUGUUUUGUACACAAGGAAAUGGACUCUUCCGACAUCAGUCAGUUCCGAACCAUCUCUCUCCUAAGUGUCGAAUGCAAGGUAUUCUUUUCUGUCCUGGCAAAAAGGAUGACUACCUGCAUGGUGAAGAAUAAAUUUGUUGAUACAUCAGUCCAGAAGGGUGGCAUUCCAGGUUUCUCCGGGUGCUUGGAACAUACAGGCAUCCUCAAUCAGUUAAACAGUGAGGCCAAGGGGAGCAAAGGAAAUUUAACGGUUGUCUGGCUCGACUUGGCUUACACAUACGGUUCAAUCCCACAUGGCCUCAUUAACACAGCUAUGGAACACUACCAUAUCCCCUACCUCACCAGGGGUAUAAUUACCAGCUACUUCGGAGGAUUCAAACUAUGGUUCAAAACUGCCCACUUUACAACUCAGUGGCAGGACCUGGAAAAGGGAAUCGUGACAGGCUGCACCAUCUCCCCCAUCCUGUUUGUCAUGGGAAUGAACCUUCUCAUAACAGCUGCAGAAAAGGAAUACAGAGGGCCAUCAAUGGAGUCUGGCAUCCGCCAACCUCCAAUUAGAGUUUUUAUGGAUGACCUUACCAUAACAACUUCAACCCAUGUGCAAGCAAGAUGGAUCUUGAAGGCCCUUGAAGAUGGAGUAACAUGGGCUCGGAUAAGAUUCAAAACGAGGAAAUCAAGAAGUAUGUUGAUUAGAAAUGGGAAAGUGACCAGCAAGUUCCAGCUGCGAGUACAGGGGGAGACGAUACCAUCAACUGAGGAAAACCCAAUUAAGUGCCUAGGGAAAUGUUACAACGCAUCCCUGACCGCCAGAUGCAAUGUUUCCAGGACAGAGAAACAGUCAGAUGCAUGGCUGAGUAAGAUCGAGGGGUCAGGAUUGCCAGGAAAGUUCAAGGCCUGGGCCCAGUUGCCCUCAGAUCUGUCUGGUCAGGUACAGCUGCCCCUAUCAUCAAUGGUGGAGAAGUUCAAGGUGGCAAAGUGCCGGCUUGUGAUGAUGUACCAAGGCUCCACUGAUGAAAAAGUCAGAAGAGCAGGUGUCAAUACGAGAUCAGGACGCAAGUGGGUGGCUGACACAUCAGUGGCACAAGCCGAAAGUGCAUUGAAGCUGGAGGUCAUCAUCGGGAACCCAUGUGUAGGGAGGCAAGGAUUUGGAUCCACCCACUUCCAGCAGUGGGGAAAAGCAGACCCAAGGCAGAGGAGGGACAUGAUUCAAGCCAAGUGGGACCUGCCGAAGCAGAAGAUCACGUGGCUUGAGAUCUGGAGACUGGAGCCCUUUAGUAUCUCCUUCCUGCUCUGUUCAGUGUACGACACCCUUCCAUCACCAACAAAUCUCCACAGAUGGGGUAUGAGGGAGGACCCAUCGUGUAGGCUAUACGGAGGGAGGGGAACAAUGGCGCACAUACUGGCAGGAUGCAAAACAGCCCUUAGCCAAGGUAGAUACAGGUGGCGCCAUGACAAGGCUGUCACACUAUGGAGCUGGAGAGGCCCCCAAGAAGAAGAAAAAAAUAGCCUCUUGCAAGCAGCACAAUCCUGUAAGAUGAGGGUGGACCUGGGAAAGAAACUAGUCUUCCCCCAGGUUGUGCAAACACUGCUGAGGCCAGAUAUUUUCUUAUGGUCUGAGGAGGCAAGUAAGAUAAUCUUAAUUGAACUGAUGGUUUCAUGGGAAGACGGGUGUGAGGAGGCCCAUGAGCGGAAAGCCACAAAGUAUCAGGACCUCGUUGAGCAGUGCAGGACCAAAGGGUGGCAGACCUGGCUAUUCCCGAUUGAGGUCAGGUGUAGGGGUUUCCCGGCACAGUCUGUGUGGAAGACACUCACUGCUUUGGGUAUAGCAGGAAGGGAGAGGAAGGCAGCUGUCCGUAGGUUGGGUGAGGCAACAGAAAGAGCGUCUGGUUGGCUCUGGAGUAGGAGGGAGGAGUUGAGCUGGGGGCCAGGAGGAGGAGGGCAGUGACUGGCCACCACUGCCGACCCGCCAACUGGAGGGUGUUGUGGUUCAGGGUCGAAACACCUCGUGAAAGUAGGAUGCCACCUGAUGACAUCUUCUCCUGGCCGAAAGCUACAGUCAUG